UGCUGUGAUCUAUUCCGGGUUUUUUCCGUCGGCUCUGGACUGAUCCAUUCCUGCUUUUCAGGUGCGUUCUUGCCUGAUCCACCCCGGUUUUUCAUGUGCGCUCCGCAAGCUCACUGACGCUUUCAUCCUCACUGAAUGAACUCAACGCUAACCAUAAACGCAAAGUCAUACCAAACAACGGAGUCGUACUGUGUGGAGCUGCACUGACAUUGUUCAUAGUCUGAAGACAUUUUCACGGCCGUAUUUUUUAACAUAGUCAGUGUAGGUUGUUGAAUAUGGAGGUCAGUACCAACGCGAAGUUGUUUCUGGAUCACGCUACGACUCUGAAGCUGCACACAGGGAACUUAGUGAACCGCUGUCGGCUCAAGAAUAAAUGUCCGUCUUCGCCAAGUGAGGAGCUUCAAGAUUGCAUAAGAGGAACACUUAGUGAGUGGCUUGCGACGUUACCCAAAACACCCCAACGAGAUUUGCCCAGCACUCUGGACUGCACUAUCCCACAGAAUACAGAACUGAUCACACCAGAGGAGAGAGAGGAACUGAGGGUGUCUGUCAAGCUGUUUCUCACUGAGUCUGAUUGCUCAUCUAUAAAAAAUGCAGUGGACCUGGCAUGUGUGUCGUUAGGUGUGUCUCAGCUGGAUUCAGUUAUCAUCGCUCCUCCUCCACUGCCCGAGGGUGAGACUCUGACUCUGGCUCACCUGCAGCCACUGUGGGCCGAGCUGGAAAAAAUCGUUAAGAGCCAAAAAGCUGCUUCCAUCGGCACCUCAGACCUGGACAAGACUCAGCUAGAGGAGCUGUACAACUGGGCACAGGUUAAACCGAGCAGUAACCAGGUAAAUCUGGCUUCCUGUUGCGUGAUGCCUCCUGAUCUCACUGCAUUCGCUAAAGAGUUCGACAUCCAGCUGCUGACACACAAUGACUCCAAAGAGCUUCUCAGUUCAGCAGGCUUUCAGGAGGCCAUGCAGGAGAGCUGCAAGGACCUGCACGUGGCAGACUGGCGGCUCGAGUGGGUCUUGCGCUACUCCAUCAUUGUCAAGAGCCGAGGCAUCAUCAAAGCCAAAGGAUACCUCGUUCAUGCACGGAAGAGCACCAAAUAGCACCUCGUCAUCUGAGUCAAUCACAGUGCACCUCAUUUCUGGAAUUUCCAAAAUACAUAGAUUUUUAGCUUGCUAUUACUUUCAUCAAUGAAAUGUAUAUGUGAUUCAUUUUUCCCCAUCAGUGAAGGCUGAAAUUCAGCUGACCUCAAUCAUGCUGUGAAAUAUUUUUCCAAGCGCUUGAUUGUUUAGUCCUGAAAAUCUGAUCUGUCCAACCUUUGUAUCAUACACCUCUACAGCUUGCACUAUGUUAAUGAUUUUACAUUAUGUAGAUAACUAACUAACAGGGUUGAUGUACCACGCAUGUGUUUAUGUGCCUCAGACUUUUGUCAGUAAUUUCUUGGUUUCUUUUCAGGCAGUAAUGAAAAAAAGAAACGCUGCAUAAUACUGAGAUUUAGCAAAAUGAUUGGGGGGGGGGUUCUAAAUUAUGGUAAAUGGGUUCAUAAGUAAUCUUAAAAAAUGAAAAGGUGUAUAUGUUUUGGAAAGCACAUAGUUUUACAUUGAGAUAAAGAAAAUCUGAUGCAGUUUUCUUGUGCAUUUGACCUGGUAGCUAAGAGUGGUAUAGUUUACUAAGAAUGGGUUUUUACAUGAUGCUUCAUAAUUAUCAUUUUAUUUAGUUUGUCCUUUUCUAGAAUGUCUAUAUUAAAACCCUGUUGGUGCUUUGUGUCAUUCAUGGUGUGUAACCUUAGCCUUAAAACAUGUGUUAGAUGUGGUUACUUGUCAUUUCCUGAUUCUGAGAUUCAAAUAUUGCAUCAGUCAUUUGCAAAUGUUUUACAUACAUGAAAACUAGCAUGUGUUCAUUGUAUAUGAAGAAAUGGCAAGAUACCACAAUAAGGAAAUGAUUUCUUUCAAUAUUAAGUUGAACCAAAAUACUUGUUUAUUUAUUUGUCACAGACACAUGAGGGUCCAGUAAUUGGCUACUGUACAUGUAAUUAUGGUUUUAAAAUGUUCCGUUUCACAUUUUUAAUUGGGUUCAUAAAGAUAACAUUCAAA